AUGCCCCCUCCCGUUGGCAGAUAUGGGCCUACCGGUCUAACCGGGCCCUAUUCGCAUCUAGCACAGCAAGCUCACCUCCAGCAACAGCAGCAACCGCAGCAUCACCCGCCACACGCUCAGUCGAGCAACACAGCUUUGCCGCCGCCCUCCCUUGGUGGCCAUCCAGGCUUCGCUACGGGGAAUCCGAACACGAAUAUCAAUCCGUUCACGUUAUCUGGUGCCGGUGUUGGCAAUGGAAUGUCCGUUGCGGGAUUCGGAGGCUCUGCAGAUGGAGGAGGAACAGGACUCGCGAGCCACGCAGCUCAAAUGGGAUUUGCAAGAGGCGCGCAGAUGCAACAGCAGCAAUUGCACCAGGCGCACGACGGGCGAUUCACGCUUGAAGGGAAAGCUGGUGGUGUGAAGACGCGGAUACGCGAUGUUUGGAAACACAAUCUUGCACAGGAGAUGGCCGUUUUGAGACAGCUUGUCGAGAAAUAUCCCUACAUAAGCAUGGACACUGAGUUCCCCGGUAUUGUCGCCCGUCCGAUUGGAGCGUUUACGAACAAGGCAGACUACCACUACCAAACUUUAAGAUGUAACGUCGACCUGUUGAAGAUGAUACAACUCGGGAUUACACUCUUCUCAUCCACGGGUGAGGUUCCGCCCCCGGAUGCCACCGAUGCGAACGGACAACCCUUGGGCAAUGGCUUAGUACCCGCCCCUUGCACAUGGCAGUUCAACUUCCGGUUCUCGCUGGAGGAAGACAUGUACGCCCAAGAGUCAACAGCCAUGUUGGCUAAGGCUGGUAUCGAUUUUUCUACACAUGACAAGAACGGUAUCGACCCGCUUGAAUUUGGAGCUCUGCUGAUAAGUUCUGGAUUGGUAUUACUGGAUGAUGUUCACUGGGUUUCAUUCCAUUCCGGAUAUGAUUUUGGAUACUUGAUGAAGAUCAUGCUUUGCCAAGAACUUCCAGAGAACGAAGAGGAAUUCCAUAAGCUCCUUAACAUCUUCUUCCCAUCAUUAUACGACAUUAAGUAUUUGAUGAAACACGCAGGACGCAACCAAGCGGUCAACGACUCCCCAUUAACACCAGCCGCCGUUCAGAUCCUUACAAAUCUUGGCCAAAAGUCCGGGCUUCAGGACAUUGCAGACGAGCUUGGAGUGAAGCGGGUCGGUAUCGCACAUCAAGCCGGCUCCGACUCCCUCGUAACGGGUGAGAUCUACUGGAAAAUGCGCCAACUCGUCUUCAACGGCAAGAUCGACGAUUCCAAAUAUUCUGGGCAAAUAUGGGGCUUGAAUGGCCAAAUGCCAGCAUUGACAUACCAUAUCAACCCGCAUCAAACACCAAACCUCAACGGCGCCACAAUAUACUCAGCUGCUGGUACGCCGAGCACCCCAAAUGCUGGCGUUCAAACCCCUCAACAUCACACACCCGGUGCGCUGACACCUGGAGCUACAGGCGGAGUCCUAGGACAAUUUCAAAUGGCGAAGUCAUGA